AUGUCUCAGCUCUUAAAAAGCAUUGUCACUGUAAUCGAUGUCUUCUACAAUUAUUGUGGCCAGGAUGAGGAAUGUGACACAAUGUGCAAAAAAGAACUCAAGGAACUUUUGAAUAAAGAGAUGGGUCCACUUCUGAAGAAUCCCGACAAUCCUGAUACUGUGGAUGUCUUCAUGCAAAUCCUGGACCGGGACCAUGACAGAAGAGUGGACUUUACUGAGUAUCUGCUGAUGGUAUUCAAGUUGACCAUGGCCUGCCAGAAAUCUGUCAUGAAAGAAUACUGCCAUGCUUCAAAGCAGAAACACCGAGGUCACCAUCACCAGGAGGCACAAAGUGAAACAGAGGAACAGGAAGAGUCAACAGGGCAAGAGUCAGAUUCCAGUCAUUCAAGCUGGAGUUCAAGAGGGGGCUAUGGGUCAUCUAAAUCUGGGCGAUCACAUAGAAGCAGGGGCCACAGGCAUGGGUCUAGCUCUGCUGGGUGGGAAGGAAAUGAUUCCUCACAUAAUUCAGGGUAUGGGGAAAGCUCAGGGAGGCGCUAUCAUAGAUCAAAGUCAAGCCACUCAGAGAGUAGUAGCCAAAAGAAAUAUGGGCCCAAAGCAAAUGAGCAGGGGGGAAGGAGACAUAAGUUAAGUAUUAGCCCCUCCAGAAAAUCUGGAGGAGAAGAAUAUGAAUCUGGCACUGGUAACUCUGGUAGAUGGGAAAGACAUGGCUUCAGCAAUAGCCAGACAGGGGGAUUGGAGGUACCAGAGGAGAGGUCUGAAAGAGGGAGGGACAAAGGACAAGGACAUAGUUCCAAAUCACAUCAAUCCUCUAGCUACGAAUGGUCUGAGACUGGGUCAGGUCAGCCACCUGCCUAUGAGCAACACCACCAUGACUCUGGUCAUUCUUCUAGCUAUGGCCAACAUGGGUCAAGCUCAGGCCAGUACUCAGGCCAUGGACAACAUGGGUCUGAUUCAGAGCAGUACUCCAACUAUGGACAAAAUGGGUCAGGCUCAGAACAGUCUUCUGGCCAUGGGCAAUGUGAAUGUGGUUCAGGUCAGUCUUCUAGCCAUAAGAGACAUGAAUCUAGUUCAGGCAGUCAGUCAGAAAAUUUGGGAGGACAAGGACACAGUUCAAGUUCAUAUCAGUCCUCCAGCCAUAGACAACACAGAUCAGGCUCAGGUCAGUCCUCUGGUUAUGGCCAACAUGGUUCUGGUUCAGGUCAGUCGUAUGGCUAUGGACAACAUGGGUCAGGUUCAGGUCAGUCCUCCAGCUACGGUCAACAUGAAUCUGGUUCAGGUCAGUCUUCUGGCUAUGGGCAACAUGAAUCUGGUUCAGGUCAGUCUUCUGGCUAUGGUCAACAUGAAUCUUGUUCAGGUCAGUCCUCUGGCUAUGGCCAACAUGGGUCAGGCUCAGGUCAGUCCUCUGGUUAUGGACAACAUGGGUCAGGUUCGGGUCAGUCCUCCAGCUAUGGCCAACAUGGUUCUGGUUCAGGUCAGUCGUCUGGCUAUGGACAACAUGGGUCAGGCUCAGGGCAGUCCUCUAGCUAUGGCCAUCAUGGGUCAGGCUCAGGUCAGUCCUCUGGCUAUGGACAACAUGGGUCAGGUUCAGGUCAGUCUUCCAGCUAUGGUCAACAUGAAUCUGGUUCAGGUCAGUCUUCUGGCUACAGUCAACACGAAUCUGGUUCAGGUCAGUCCUCUGGCUAUGGCCAACAUGGGUCAGGCUCAGGUCAGUCCUCCACCCAUGGCCAUCAUGGGUCAGGCUCAGGUCAGUCCUCUAGCUAUGGACAACAUGGGUCUGGAUCCAGUGGUCAUUCAGAGAGUUAUGGAGGAUCAGGACAUUACUCUAGUUCACAUCAAUCCUCUAGCUAUGGACGACAUCGAUCUGGCUCAGGUCAGUCCUCUAGCUAUGGCCAUGGGUCACGGUCAGGUCAUUCCUCUGGCUAUGGACAACAUGGGUCAGGUUCAGGUCAGUCUUCUAGCUAUGGUCAACAUGGGUCAGGUUCAGGUCAGUCUUCUAGCUAUGGUCAACAUGGGUCAGGCUCAGGUCAGUCCUCUGGCUAUGGCCAUCAUGGGUCAGGCUUAGGUCAGUCCUCUAGCUACGGCCAUCAUGGGUCAAGGUCAGGUCAGUCCUCCAGCUAUGGUCAACAUGAAUCUGGUUCAGGUCAGUCUUCUGGCUAUGGGCAACAUGAAUCUGGUUCAGGUCAGUCUUCUGGCUAUGGUCAACAUGAAUCCUGUUCAGGUCAGUCCUCUGGCUAUGGCCAACAUGGGUCAGGCUCAGGUCAGUCCUCCACCCAUGGCCAUCAUGGGUCAGGCUCUGGUCAGUCCUCCAGCUACGAACAUCAUGGGUCAGGCUCAGGUCAGUCCUCUAGCUAUGGCCAUGGGUCACGGUCAGGCCAGUCCUCUGGCUAUGGACGACAUCGAUCUGGCUCAGGUCAGUCCUCUAGCUAUGGCCAUGGGUCACGGUCAGGCCAGUCCUCUGGCUAUGGACAACAGGGGUCAGGGUCAGGUCAGUCUUCUGGCUAUGGUCAACAUGAAUCUGGUUCAGGUCAGUCCUCCGGCCAUGGCCAACAUGGGUCAGGCUCAGGUCAGUCCUCUAGCUAUGGACAACAUGGAUCUGGCUUAGGUCAGUCCUCCAGCUAUGGCCAACAUGGAUCUGGCUCAGGUCAGUCCUCUAGCUAUGGGCGACAUCGAUCUGGCUCAGGUCAGUCCUCUAGCUAUGGACGACAUCGAUCUGGCUCAGGUCAGUCCUCUAGCUAUGGCCAUGGGUCACGGUCAGGCCAGUCCUCUGGCUAUGGACAACAUGAGUCAGGUUCAGGUCAGUCUUCUAGCUAUGGUCAACAUGGGUCAGGUUCAGGUAAAUCCUCUGGCUAUGGCCAACAUGGGUCAGGCUCAGGUCAGUCCUCUGGCUAUGGCCAUCAUGGGUCAAGGUCAGGUCAGUCCUCCAGCUAUGGACAACAUGAAUCUGGUUCAGGUCAGUCUUCUGGCUAUGGUCAACAUGAAUCUGGUUCAGGUCAGUCUUCUGGCUAUGGCCAACAUGGGUCAGGCUCAGGUCAGUCCUCCACCCGUGGCCAUCAUGGGUCAGGCUCUGGUCAGUCCUCCAGCUACGAACAACAUGGGUCAGGCUCAGGUCAGUCCUCUGGCUAUGGACAACAUGGGUCUGGAUCCAGUCAGUCCUCCAGCUAUGGCCAACAUGGAUCUGGCUCAGGUCAGUCCUCUAGCUAUGGCCAUGGGUCACAGUCAGGUCAGUCCUCCAGCUAUGGUCAUCAUGAGUCAGCCUCAGGUCAGUCCUCUGGCUAUGGACAACAUGGAUCUAGCUCAGGUCAGUCCUCUAGCUAUGGCCAUGGGUCAGGGUCAGGUCAGUCCUCUGGCUAUGGACAACAUGGGUCAGGCUCAGGUCAGUCCUCCAGUUAUGGCCAACAUGGAUCUGGCUCAGGUCAGUCCUCUAGCUAUGGCCAUGGGUCAGGUUCAGGUCAGUCCUCUGGCUAUGGACAACAUGAGUCAGGGUCAGGUCAGUCCUCUGGCUAUGGACAACACAGGUCAGGGUCACAUCAGUCCUCUGGCUAUGGCCAACAUGGGUCAGGCUCAGGUCAGUCCUCUAGCUAUGGCCAUCAUGGGUCAAGGUCAGGUCAGUCCUCCAGCUAUGGUCAACAUGAAUCUAGUUCAGGUCAGUCUUCUGGCUCUGGACAACAUGGGUCAGGCUCAAGUCAGUCCUCCAGCCAUGGCCAACAUGGCUCAGGCUCAGGUCAGUCCUCCAGCCAUGGCCAACACAGGUCAGGCUCAGGUCAGUCCUCUAGCUGUGGACAACAUGAGUCUGGUUCCAGUGGUCAAUCAGAGAGUUGUGGAGGAUCAGGACAUUACUCCAGUUCACAUCAGUCCUCUAGUUAUGGACAACAUGGGUCAGGCUCUGGUGGUCAUUCAGAGAGUUGUGGAGGACAAGGACAUCACUCAAGUUCACAUCAAUCUUCUAACUAUGGACAGCAAGGAUCUUGUUCUGGUCAGUCCUCUAGCUAUGGACAACAUGGAUCCAGCUCAGGUCAGUCCUCUAGCUAUGGACAACAUGGGUCCAGCUCUGGUCAGUCCUCUAGCUGUGGAUCUGGCUCAGGUGGUCCAUCAGUGAGUUGUGGAGACCAAGGACAUAGCUCGAGUUCACAUCAGUCCUCCAGCUACGGACAGUGUAUCUCUGGCUCAGGACAGCCUUCUAGUUAUGGGUCUGGGUCAUGCCAGUCAUCUUGCCAGAGCUCAGUCAGUCAAUCAGGAAACUGUGGAGAACAGCAAUACAAUUCAAAUUCACAACAGUCUUCUAGUUACGGAGAAUGUGAGUCUGUAUGUGAUCAGUACUCUGACUAUCCACAAUACAGGUGUCAGUCUUCUAGCUUUGGACGUCAUGGUUCAGGUUCAGCUCAGUCCUGUAACUCUGGAAGUCAUGGAUCCAGUGUGAGUGGACAGACGUGUAGUCCAGGAAGACAAAGGUUCAAUUCAAAUGGUAGCUGUGGGGAGUUUGGGAGACAAACAGUUGGCUCAACAUACAUUCUGUAUGAGGACAGCAACAAUGAGUUAUCAGGGGAUAGAAAUAAGGAAAAUAAGGCAGUGGUUAGCCUCCACAGCCAAGAUGCAGCUGGUUCUCAGAGAGGAGGAGGAAACUGUGGAAGGGUGAGAACAUACUCAGGUUCCCACUAUCCCUGUAGCAUCACCCCUCUCUAUGAGUAUUGCCAAGAGCAAAGAUUUUAUCACUACAAGUGA